AUGCGCGACCUCUUCUUCGCCCGCCGGCGCAUGUCCCACUACUGCGCGCUGAUCCGGCAGAGCGCCGCGUCCGCCGGCCUUCGCGGCCGUCCCGUCUGGUGUACGCCGCACAACUCGACCGAGGCGCAGGCCGUCGCGACGCGGCAAGUGGCGGCGGACCUACAGACAGACCUCGCCGCGCUUGAGCACAGAAUGACGCAGGCGCACGCGCGCCUGCAGGCCACCAUGGCGCACCUCACCGCCGAGACAACCAACAAGAUUCUGCUCGUCCUCGCCGUCAUUGGCACCGUCUUCCUGCCCGUCUCCUCGCUCGCCGCUGUCUUCAGCAUGGGCGGCUCCUGGGCCGCCAGCGAGCGCAACUUUGCCUGGUUCUGGGCCAUCUGCGGCCCCGUCGAGGUCGUGCUCCUAGGUCUCCUGCUGGGCGUUAGUUAUUGGGACAUUCCAGUCCAUGACGGAAAUAGCAAAUCAGUCUCGUUUUCACCCGUAGUCGCUUGA